UAUAAAAACGUAAUUCUAUUCUCAUUGUAAAACACAUACACAACUUCAUCGUACUAUGGCCCACCCCAAGAUUCCAACCGGUUACAGAUUCCGUCCGACAGACAUGGAGCUCCUAGGUUUUCUAGCCUUAUUUGUUACCGGAAGUUUAUCAUUGUCGUGGUAUCCGAUGAAGGAGAAGAAUCUGUACAGCGGGGAGGAGCCAUGGCAGCUGUUUGGGAACUCAAAAGAGAGGAUUCGCUAUUAUUUCACGCCGUUGAAGAAGAAGAAUCCUCGCAAUUCACGGUACCGGCGGACCAUCGGAGAUGGGAAAGGUACCUGGAAGGCUCAGGAUAAAGGUAAACCCAUAUUUAAAUCUGGACGAAUUAUGGGAUAUAAAAGGAGUUUGAGGUAUGAAAAUAAAGGAUCAGAACAUGAUGGGCAAUGGCUCAUGAAGGAGUAUUAUCUUCCUGAUACGGUCAGAAAAAACCUUAAAGUACCAUUAAAGGAUAUAGUUCUUUGUCGAAUCAAAAGGAAACAAAAUUGGGACAGCAAAAAUCAUGAAAGUGAAUCGACAACAACAAACGACAUUAGAGAUAUCAUCGGCGAUUUGUCUACUCCAGCAACACCCGAACCUUCUGAGAGUGAGACAACUACAUUAACAUUAUUAGCUCUCUGAUCUAGAGAGAGAACGUUGAUUGGCCGAUUGACUAUGAUGAGGUUGGGUCUAUGGGAUGGGGCUAAACUCGUUGUUAAUGUUUUCCAAUGUAUCACAUGAUUAAAUUGUGUCUGAUCGAUA